UCAAACUAAUAAGCGUUACGGACAGUCACGACAUACUGUAGCCCUUGCGACGCUUCUUCGGUCGAUCACUUACUAGUUGGCCCACAGCUAGUCUUGCUCGUUGAGCCGCCAAUAUCUUGAAAGUCGAACAGGAUUCUCACGUCGUCGAACAAUAGCAUUUUACCAUCUACCCAAUCUAAGGACUACUUCCCAUUUUGGGUUCUAAUCCGGAGCCCCAUGUCAUUAUAAGACAAAGAAAGGUACCUAUCGCGGCCACCACUGUAGUUGUGUCACGAUUAGGCCAAUUCCUUCGAAAGGAUUUGAUCGACGGAGAGUCAUGAUGGAAGUUGCUCCCUAUCCAUAUGCGAGUCUUACCAGGUCCGAACCGAACUCUGUGAGAACCGCGCUCCCUACUCGUCCUGUCGUCUCUAGAGAGAGUACCCAACCGUCAGAAACCAUGUCCAUUCAAAACGCCUCCUCCGUUGGUUCGAGAAGCCCAGCAGUUUUAAGCCAAAGCGAUUUUUCGGACGCGCCUAGUCCAUCGAUACAAGGAUCCGAACGAGUCCAUUCUAAGAGUCCAUCUCCCUUCGAUACAGUCCGUCAGGAAAACUGGGCAACGACGAAGUCCAGCUCCACGUCCAACCAAGGCGGCCAGGUGUGCAGUAAUUGUAGUACUACGAGAACGCCGCUAUGGAGGCGGUCGCCGCAGGGGGCCACCAUCUGCAAUGCGUGCGGACUGUAUCUAAAGGCGCGGAAUUCGUCUCGCCCAACGAAUCUCAAGCGGCCGCCAUCGGUAGUCUCUACCACGCCGAAGAGAACGCCCGAGAAACCACCUUCCAGUUCCUGUUCCCAGAAUAGUUCGGCGAAUAUUCCAGGCGCAACGUAUGUCGCGGCAGAUCAGAUGCCCAACGGAUCGUGUCCAGGUGGAGGACGAUGUAAUGGUACGGGUGGAGCGGAAGGAUGCAGUGGUUGUCCAGCUUACAACAACCGGGUGGCAAAAAGUGCUCAACUCCAAAAUCAAAAUCGACAAUCCGGCAAUGAACAAGGGACUCCUUCGGACGAUGGGCCGGCUCCAAUUGACAUAAACGCGCAACAAGCCGCGGCUCAGACAACUGUUGUCAUAGCAUGUCAAAAUUGUGGUACUACGAUAACCCCGUUAUGGCGUCGAGACGAAUCUGGCCAUACUAUAUGUAAUGCCUGCGGACUGUACUACAAACUUCACGGAGUUCACCGACCGGUAACAAUGAAGAAAUCCGUCAUUAAGAGGAGGAAACGUGUAAUACCGGCAAAUCAAAUGGAUGACGGAGUGGAAGACGUAAUGGCGGUCGAUUCGAUUGAACAGCAGAGCCAAUAUGCCGAGUCUGAAAUGGAACGGGGCAGUGUCAACGAAGACGGGUCUGUUAAUCUCGGGCUACGACGUAAAACCGAGCAUCCUCUCACAUUGCUUCCCGAUCCGAUCCGAUCUGGUGCGGGAUCAACCCCAGUAUCCACCGAUCUCAUGGCGUAUCACAACACCAGUGCUCCACAUCAUGUCGUCGAUAUUCGGGAUUCUCUUACCGACGACAAUCGUCUAGCUCCACUAACGUCUAUCUCGCUAUCGAGUGUCCGUCAGUCGUCCUUAUCCCCAGCCUCGUUUCUGUCUCCGUCGAGAAAGCGCUCCUUUUCGGGAACCGAGUCGGAAUACGCACCGAGCGAACCAAGCUACGAUAACUCAAAAAGGCUAUCGUCGAUAAAAUCACUUCUUAACCCGUCGUUUGAAUCGAGCCCCAGUUUUCGCCCGGUUGAGAACGCUCCCGAGUCGCUGCGACUUCGGUCACCAGCGAACUCACUCAUAUUAGCACCAAGUCCCAGCCCGCAACUAGUAUCCCCAAACGUGUUGCCGAGCCUCCAAUCUAGGGAGAGCACAGUUGAAGAUGAGAGGACGAAAGCCGGCCGUCUGGCGGCACUACAACAAGAAACGGAACGAAUGCGCCAAUUACUCGCGGCCAAGGAACGCGAGAUGGCAGCGCUACAACAAUAGUUACUAAUAUCCCCCUUUCGAAUUAGCGCUGAUGAUUUAUUGCUUUGAUGAUCAAGAUUUACGAUUGGAAUUACCGGUGUUGCUCUAUGGAAACACGGCAAA